AUGGAUGAUGAAAUACACAUAAAAUAGCCAUUGAACGAUGAAUAGAAUGAUUAAUCAGAAAAGUUAGAGAAAAUAUUAUUAUUUAUUAGAUAAUCCUAAUUUGUAUAAAAUGAUGAAUCAUUAGAACAUCUGGUCAACACCUUAAUCAAAAAUUAAUAACCAAGAGAGGAGAAUUAAUUAUAAUAAUAAAUUUCCAAAAAGAGGAUUAAUGAUUAGAGGUAAUUAAUGAACCUUAUAAAUUAUUGCAUUAUAGAUUUACUUACCAAGAAGAUAAACGGAUCUUAGAGUUAGUUUAAUAGGUGGGACCAAACUUUAAUAAGAUAGUCAAAUCAUUUCCUGGCAAAACAAUGAAUAUGAUAAAAAAUAGAUAUUAUAAAAGAUUGCGCUACAUUAAGGAAGACUUUUAAAACAAUUAAGAAUAAAUUAAAAAACAAUCUAAGCAAAAAAAAUAAAAUUGA